CACACAGACAGCGAAUAUAGUUGAAUUGCUGAGCUGAGCUAAAGAGCUGGUACAAUGAAAAUGUAAGCAAACGGGGUCUGCUGAAUAGUGCGCGCUGCCUUCUGUGACAAAAGAAAUAUCAUGCUAAUUUGCUCAUUUCAUGGAAUAAAGAAGGAAACGAAACGAAAGGAGAAAAAUUCAACGUAUCAUGUGAUUAAUUCGAAGAAGCAGUUAAAAUGUAAAAUUAUUGCUCUUUGAAGUGUAAUCAAUUCAGCAAAAGCUCUCGUAAAGUUUGAGCAAGUGUGUCUUUAUCUCAAUAUGAUAACUGUUCCAGAAGAACGUGGAAAGGAAAGCAUUUUUCUCAGUGCAGAUAUUACCAUUGAUAUAUAGAGGAAGCAAAUAUGAAACUGGAUAAAAAAACGAAACGCAAAUUGGGAAUAGAACGUAUCGCUCUCUACCGUGUAUUCAAUAUGGAGACGAUUCUUUAUUUUGUACUUUUGCUAAUUUGCGGAAGUUGCCUUGGGAAACAGGAAGUGAAAUUAGGAGUUCUAUUGCCGUCAAGAGGAGAGCAUCUUUUCGUAAAAAAUAAAGUUCUUCCAGCUAUAGAAUACGCAAUCGAAUCUAUUGAAAAUUCUACAAAAUUGCCUAAUCAUAAAUUUGUGGUAAAUUAUCGAGAUUCGGAAUGUUCGGAGACAAUCGGACCUCUAAAGGCAAUUGACCUUUACGUUGACCGCGAUGUUGACGUAUUUUUUGGUCCAGCUUGUGAUUACGCCGUGGCGCCUAUAGCCAGAUUUUCGGGUUACUGGGACAUACCUGUAAUUAGUGCGGGGGCGGCGGUGAAAGCCUUCGACAACAAGACAGAAUAUAAAUUACUUACAAGGAUUCGUGGAUCUUUUGCAAAAAAUGCGGAAUUUGUAUUAGAAGUAGCUAAAGCCUUUAACUGGUCAAAUGUUGGACUAUUUUUUCAUGAAAAUAUGGGACAAAGGGGAAAAGGAAAAAGUGACUGCUAUUUUGCUGUAGAACCUAUAUUUUACAAACUAAAGAGCGAAUUGAAAAUUCAACCAAAAUAUGAACAUUUUGAUGAGAAUUUUCCAGAUGACUUCGAUUUUGGAGAACUGCUUCAAAAAGCCUCGACCUACACAAGAAUUGUUGUCCUAUGUGCGUCGGCAGACUCAGUGCGUGACAUAAUGAUCAAAGCACAUGAACUGAACUUCGAUAACGGCGAAUAUGUCUUCUUAAAUAUCGAUCUAUUUAGCAGUAAAAACGAAAGUAUGAAACCAUGGCUCAGAGACGACGACACGCCGGAAAGAAACGAAAAGGCCCGAAAGGCUUACGAGGCUCUGAUGACUGUCACUCUCCGAAAACCGACUUCUCCCGAAUACAAGCAUUUCUCGGAGGAGGUCAAGAAGCGGGCGGAAUCAAAAGACAUAAAUUUCACAUAUGGGGAGGAAGAGGUAAACAGUUUUGUUGGUGCUUUCCACGACGCGGUCAUACUAUAUGCUAUCGCGCUGAACGAGACUUUGACGAGAAAUCGAUCCAUUACGAAUGGGACAGAAAUUACAAAACUUAUGUGGAACCGUACAUUUGACGGGAUAACGGGAACGGUCAGUAUCGAUGACAAUGGGGACAGAAAUGCUGAUUAUUCACUACUGGACAUGGAUCCGAAGGACGGAAAAUUCCGGGUGGUCGCUAAUUAUUACGGAAACAAUAAAGAAUAUAAACCGGAACGAGACAGGAAAAUUUACUGGGCAGGUGGGCGGAGUUCGCCACCGCCAGACACGCCCACUUGUGGAUUUGACGGAUCAAAAUGCCCUCCAAGUGAACCAUUUCCGGAGUAUGGAAUUGUGAUUAUUGUCCUUGGGUCACUUCUGGUCAUUGUCCUGGUCGCAGCUUUUUUUAUAUACAGACAUAUCAAGUUGGAGGCAGAGUUAGCGGAGAUGAAUUGGCGGGUACGAUGGGAAGACAUCAUGUUUGGUUCAAUGGAAAACGACAAGAAGCUUAAAAGGCAGGGAAGCAGCGUGAGCUUAAACAGGAAAAUGUCCCUUGUUAGCAGUACCUGUUCCGUGGAUACGAUAGCCGUCCAUCUCAGUGACGUAGGACAACGACAACUGUUUACAAAAACAGGCUAUUACAAGGGCGCCAUUGUAGCCAUCAAAAAUAUUCACGGAACAAGUCUAACCGUCAACAAGCCUUUACUCAUAGAAGUCAAACGGAUAAAAGACCUUCAGAAUGACCAUAUCGUUCGUUUUCUCGGAGCUUGUAUAGACCCGCCAAACAUGUGUAUCCUAACGGAAUAUUGCCAAAAGGGUAGUCUACAGGACGUUUUAGAAAAUGAACAAAUUAAAUUGGACUGGAUGUUUAGGUAUUCCUUGAUGCAAGAUAUAUUGCGGGGUAUGACGUAUCUAUUUAGCAGUGACAUACGUAGUCAUGGCAACCUUAAGAGCACCAAUUGUGUAGUUGACGGCCGGUUCGUAUUGAAGAUAACAGACUUCGGUCUACAUGCUCUCCGGGGCCCUUCACAUGACGUGGAAGAGGGCAUGUACGCCUACUACAGAACACAACUGUGGACGGCACCAGAGCUAUUGCGCAUGCACCACAGACCCCCAGAGGGUACACAGAAGGGGGAUGUCUAUAGUUUUGCCAUUAUAUGUCAAGAGAUUGUUUACCGGUCAGGAGUUUUUUAUCUAGCUAACCUAGACCUCAGCCCAGAAGAACGUAUAUUGGACAAAAAGGAACAACGUCAUAGCGUUACAAGAAAAAUCCACCGGAAGGUGAUGAAUGGUCUGAAGCCAUACUUCCGGCCAACACUGGAAGAGGCAGAUUGUCCAUGUGACGAACUUGCCGAGGUUAUCCGGAAAUGCUGGUCAGAAGAUCCUAUGGAGAGACCAGACUUCCAGGCCCUCAAGUCUAUCAUCCGGAAACUCAACAAGGAUGGAGAUAAAGGAAACAUUCUCGACAACCUUUUGUCCCGAAUGGAGCAGUACGCGAACAACCUAGAGGCUUUAGUUGAGGAACGUACCUCGGAUUACUUAGAACAGAAGAAAAAAGCCGAGGAUCUCCUGUAUAUGAUGUUGCCCAAGUCAGUGGCUGGGCAGCUGAUGCGAGGGGAGACAAUCCAUGCCGAAACUUACAAUUGCGUGACAAUCUACUUCAGUGACAUCUGUGGAUUCACGGCCAUGUCCUCGGAAUCCACUCCAAUGCAGGUUGUAGCAUUGCUUAAUGACUUGUACACAACGUUCGACUCUGUUAUAGAAAAUUUUGAUGUAUAUAAGGUUGAAACAAUAGGAGAUGCAUAUAUGGUGGUGUCCGGUUUGCCCGUGCGCAAUGGAAAUUUACAUGCACGUGAGAUAGCCCGGAUGUCGAUAUCGUUACUGAAUGCUACGCUGUCUUUCAAAAUUCGUCAUCGACCAAACGAACAGCUAAAACUACGUAUCGGUAUACACACGGGUCCGGUGGUAGCUGGUGUCGUUGGUCUAAAGAUGCCUCGAUAUUGUUUGUUCGGAGACACGGUAAAUACAACGUCCCGAAUGGAAUCGAAUGGUCUCCCUUUGAGGAUACACGUGAGUCCCAAUUGUAAAGAAGUACUGGAUACAUUCAACACGUUUGAUUUAGAACUACGUGGACCUGUAGAGAUGAAGGGUAAGGGAACUGUGAUCACCUACUGGCUCAAAGGAGAACGAGUCCAGACUAGUCAAGACAAGGAGAGCAUCAUUUAGAUAAGCCAAUGACAGUGUACGAUACAGAGCACUUAACCCAUAGAAACCCUUGUUGCAUGCGUGUUUCUGGAAAUGCUCCUUACUGUUGUGAUACGUAGGUUGACCACUAAAAUUACGAAGAUUAAAUUUACAGAUGUUGACUUAUGAUGACAUGUGGCUGUUAUCAACCAAUGGAAAUACAUAUCUUAAAGCACAUCAACUAAUGAGGAGCCAGGACACAUAAUCUGCUCGACAGGAUGACAUAUAACAAUUCAAAAGGAUUGUUAAACAUUAAUGGUGACAUCUGCUAGGGAUACAGAUAGGAUAAAUGUUGAUAAGUGUUCGAUGUGUUACACUUAAUGGGCUUGACGUUUUCAAAGCCAUUCAAAUCAGUUAAUCAGUAAACCAAACCGGAAGCGGAAUUUCAAAUAUACCAUGUAAUUUAUUAUUCCUAACGGCCUUCCAAUAUUUACAAGUGUUUUCGUGUUAAUGGUUGCAAUGUUGUUAAGAAUUACUUUAUAUUAUUUUGUCAGUUGUUGGUGUAUUACUAAACGUCAAAUUUAUUGUUAUAUUGACUCUAUAUGUUUGACAAUAUUUGACAAAGUUUUUUAUCAGAUGUAAAUAAUAUAAAAAGGAUACUUUGCGCGAAUUAUUUUGCUUAUAGACCAAGGAGAAAUGCUAGUCCAUUAGACAGAAGAACACGUGUCCAUUAAAACAUAUGUAUCAAGAGAAUGGUUAUAAACAUAGAUAUAUGUGUGUAUGUGUGUGAUAUACACAUAAUAUAGCUUAACGGUUUUCGAAAAUCAAAAUAAGCACGAUACUGAUAAAUAAUGGAAAUGUUUAGGGUUGUUUCAAAUGGUUGAAACGUCUUAAACAAAAUAUUUUCAACUUUGAUAUUUUAUAGUCUAUAGCAUAUAAGUACAUGUCAUAUCUGAAGGAGGGAGAGCUAAUGUGUGCCGUGGGAGAGAAUGAUGUCCCUAUUUAAAUUGAAUGAGGAAUAGUGUUGUUUAAAUUAGUGAUAAUAAUGACAUGACUGAGGACCUUAUUGGAGCUACGGAGAUCCACGUCCAAAGUUCCAUUUUACAAUUCUGCGGAGAACAUUACCAGUGAUGAAUUAGAGUGUAGUUAAGUGGUUUCCGGAUUGGAAAGUUGUUCUGUUUGGGGACUAAACCGUAUCAAUAUUACAAAACUAUUGUAACAGAGGAACGACAAGAAGGCAAAUAUUUAGGGUCAAGAACAACUGAAUGUGUGAUUUAAAUUCAUAUUCCUGGAAUAUUUAUCUGCUUAACCGAAUGCCUAAAUAUGGUCUGGUGACCGGUUAUUUCCCGGCUAAACCCGACUGCCUAAAUAUUGUCUGGUGAUCAGUUAUCUCCCGGCUAAACCCGAUUGCCUGAAAAGUGUUUGGUUACCGGUUUAUCUCCCGGCUACACCCGACUACCUGAAAAGUGUUUGGUGACCGGUUAUCCGUUAAGAAUUGUAUGUCUUAACAGACCACAAAGCAAUGAGAAUGGACAAAAAUAUUAACAGGGAACUAAGCAGGCAGGUAAAACAAAGAAUUGGAAAAUUCACGUUUGGAUUCGUGUUAUACGGAUCAAAUGUGUGGCAAUGCUUUACAACAUGCAACUGAAAUAUAUCAGACGUUAUCUCUAUGAUUCCAAAUCAAUGUCAUAUUCGUGGACAUUGUUGAAUAUUAACUGCUGGAAAAUGCCUCCAGGAUGUGUCUUUGACAUGUUAAAAGUGAUUCAUGUGUAUAACGUACUGCAAAAAUGUAUCUACGACAGGUUUGUUAUAAUUAAUUGAAGACUGAUAAUUGGGAACUGACCAAUGAAAACUCGUUGUACAUUGGCUCUGUUAUUCUAUGUUGUUCUGAGAAACAGCAUGUGAUAAUGAAUGUGGUUGGAAUAUCUCCUGGAUAAAAUGAAACCAGAAAGAACUUUUCUUAGGAAGGACAGUACAACGGACAUGGAUUUGUAAUGAAACGAAGGGUCUAUCGGAAAAGUAUAUUAUAUACACUGACCAAUGAAGUUUUGUUUUGUGGAAUAUUAUCAUGUUUUGUUUUAACUACUGCGGUUUGUGAUAAUAUAGAAAUAUAGUGAUGUCUCUGAUAAUGUAUUGUAGUUGUUGUUCAAAAAUAUGAGCAUAUAUAUAACAUUCAUAUAUUAUAUAAAUGUCAUGUUGUUAUAUACGUAUAAUUGAUAUGUCCGUCUAAUGACUCAAUUGAAUUAGUCAAGAUAUUUCUUUUUGUGCUCGAUAUUUUUCCAGAAAAAAUUCAAACUUUCUGGAAGAAAAAAAUAUAUAUAUAUGCUGAAGCCAUUUUCAUAAGCUUCCAUAACACCACUAUAUUAACAACAUUUGCAUAGAAAUGUUUUCGUUUUAAAUAAUCCAAUGUUGAUAUGGUUUUGGUAAGUACCUAUGAUUUUUACUAUCUACGGUUAUCCAAUGUCCUAUUCCAAUGUCUGGACCAUAUUGACUGUUAAUUAUCAUUUGACCCUAUUCAUGUGCACUUGCAUCACAAUUGCCUUAAAGAUAGAAAGCAUAUUUGUAGUUGUAGCUAUACAAUAACUUGGUUAAAUAAAAUAUUUUUUUCUCAAAUUUAUUUUUUGCAAAACGGCUUCAACAAAAUAUCAAAAAAUACGAACUCACUGAUGUUUUAAUUGCAAAAGUAUCAGUUUAAGAUAAUAUUAACAAAUCGUUGUCACAUUUGUGUUAUAGAGUUGGAAUUAUGGUACAGAAUAUAAUCAAGAGAGUGAGAGUCUUAAUACAUGUCAGGCCAGGACAUCUUUUGAGUGUACGACAUCGUGUAGGCAAAAAACUGUGAAUUCAAAUGUUACAACAACACUCAUGAUCAUGUGUAAUUUUAACAAACUUGUAAUUAGUUUACAAUGCAAUGAACGGGAUUUAGUUUUAUUAUACUCCCCAAAGUCCACGCUGCCUCCCAUGGGUUAGUCUUGCUUUUUGAAACAUAUAAAAUACAAAAACCAUUGUAUACAUUUAUCAACUGUUAGCUAUUAUAAUUUGAUUGACUUCCUUUGUUUUUUGUUAUUUUUUCUGCGACACCUUAACACUGCUGUUUUGUCCAAUUCUUCCAAAUACUUCCUUGCUUGAUAUUUUUAUUUCCAUUUUUAUUUGUCUUUUAUGUACUGUGUGUAAUCCAAUUAAACCAUUAAUCACCUGAUGUGUAUUUCAUGCAUUCAAUAUUUUAGCUGUAACAACAUAGAUUCAAUAAACGAAAACAAAAACAAAAAACAUCGUAAAUGCCGACAUAUCAAGGGAAACUUAAUUUAAACUCUGGUUUAAUAAUAGACCAGAACAAAAACAGAUCUAAAAACAAGUUUUGUACGAAGGUCUUUGAAAUGUUUUUUUUUUCAAAAAUGUUCCUGAUGAUUUUUGUUGACAACAUCCGCCGUGUAGAUUUUGGUCAAUCCACGUGAUCAAUGCAGCGUGUCAAAAUGAGUAGAAGAUAUCUAAUGUUAAAGAUGUUAUAACGAUCUAAUACAUGUAUACCAAAUUCUGUGUUAAAUACAUAAUAGAUUCGAAGUGGGAAAUAAAAUCACGCUAACUUCAAAAAGCACUCAGGCGAGUAUCAUGUAGACAACGAACAAUUCUCAAAUGAAGACUACUGUAACUUCGUGGUAAAAUUUGAAUGUAACCAAAUUUCAAGAGAAGUAUUUUAAUGAAAUUGAUUACCCGCCGGCAUGAAAACAAUGAACCAAUUGUUUGCAAACCAACGGAUUUCCAGAUUACAUCAUAUUUUAUUUGCGAAAAAAAUAAUCGAAACAUUUAUGGCCGAAAACAAGAUGUUUAAUGGAUAAAGUAAAAUGUAUAUGUGCCUAGGAGAAAAAAGGAUAACAAUAUUAUUUGUGAAAGCAUGGACCACUUCAUGUUUUUGAAGUUCAUGUUGAUUAACAUCUGCAUGUAACCAAAUUUUGAAAAGUUCUCAUCUUUCUAAUCAUACAUGUAAUACAUUACUUACUGUCAUCAACCAAGGUGUACAUGGCGGGUGUCGUCGAUGGGACAAGAAUUGCUUACUCUUCCGAAACUCCUGGUAUUAUACUUAUUGUACGUUUUGCAGGAGUCUCGGUGUAAAUAUUUUGGCCAAGAUGUUUCGAGUUUGAAUUAUGACUAUGUUGACAAGUUGGUAUUUUCUUUUAUUUUAUCUUUACUUAUAGCUUUCUAGAAGAAAAAUACAGUCGUGUUUUUAACUCUUUAUUUCGUAGCAAAUGUAAUCUUACAUCCAAAAACCUCAAUAUUCAUUUGAAUUCAUAUCACAUUUAAUUCUAAAUAUUGUUUCUAUACUGAAAGGGAGUUUUGAUUUGGGUAAGCUUACGGCCAUUCUUCGAAGGAUACAUUCAGGUUAGUUGCAUUAUAUAUAGUCAGGUUUAAUUAAGUAAAAAAUGAAAUUAAUUUUUUGUAUACAAAAUGUAAAUCAUUAUAUUUAUGUUUCCCCGCUAAAAUCAGAUUUCAAGAAAAAAGUUGAAAUAACAUGUCAAAACUUGACAAAAUAGGUCACAGUAAUAUUAUUUUAUGACUGGUCGAUUGCUGAAUUUUCCUCAAUAUUUGCAUGGUUACAGAAUAGGUAAAGCUGUCACCACUCCAUUAAAUGUACUGAGGAAGAGAAAAAUAAACGUCUCAUUUCAGGUGCGUGAGCAUAGUAUUGUUUUCACACCAGAGUUCCAAGAAUUAAUUGAUCUGUACUGCCAUGUGGGCUAACUGCUGUCAUCAGUAUUACAACGAGCGUGGGAAACACUAUUAAUAUCAAUAUUCACAUCAACGUGAAAAAUGUUAGAUUUCAUUUUUUUUUUAAUAUUCAUUAUUUUUAUGCAUUAAUUGAUAAUUGAUAGUUAUUUUUUAAACUUUCUCCUCUUUAAACUUUCCUGCUGAUUGCGAGAAAUCAAUUGACUUGUUCUUUAACCAUAGGUAGCAUAGGGAAAUAUUUUUGUUAUAAUUAAAACAAUUGAUAUACGAUUUGAUUUCAUAUCUAUAUAAGUUAAUGAUGAAUUAUGAUGUUUAUAUCAAGGCUAGAAGUGUUCCAUUGUGUUUGUAAGAUUUCUUUUUCCUAUUUUAACUUGUAUAUGAGCAAAUACAGUUAGAAUAUAGUUUUGUGAUUUAUUUGUGUAUUUUAGAAUGUAGUGUUUUAUAAACUACCAAGCCAAGUUGUAAUUAUAGUUUAAGGUUCAGAAAACUUAACUCUUGUUAUCACACCUCACAAGUAUACCUUUAUGCACUUAAACGUUAUAUGAUGACGUCAUAAGUCCACCCACGGAUAUUGAAAAUGGAAGAGGUCUUCCUAUACUGUAUUUAUCGAUUUUAAUUUUUGUGAAUAUUUUUCUUGAUGUUGAUUACCUUCAAUUAUUCACAACUGAAUACGUACCAGAUUUUAACCUCUCAAACUGCACUGGAAAUUUAAAUAAUACUUUAACUAUUGACGUCAUCUCGCGAACAUAACCUGCAUUGCACGUCUUUAUCUUUCUGGUAUUAUUUCCUUUUGUGUGACCCUGUGACCGCGCAUUGCGAGUUAUUUGCCUUAAAAUAUUUUUUGUUAGUAAAAUACAUGGGAAAUAUAUAUAUAUAUAUACAUGCGUGUGAGUGUUUAUGCUCAUCACGUGAAACGUCACGUGAUAUGUUGCCAUACGCAACUUUUAUUACUACAGGUCAAAGUUCCUAUGAAAUCCGGACACAGAUUAUCUUCGCCAGCGCACAUAAUAGGCUUGCAUUUCGAUAUUAGAUAUUUCAGCUCAUUAGAUCUUGCACAACGAACCAUUAACGUACUUGUUGAACAUGGUAGAGAUAAGUUGAUAAUUUAAAGUUUAGAGUUAAUCUAAAAUUAAUAAUUUCAUAUAAAGAAUAGAUUGAUCGAGUCUAGUUAACAUAAUCUGUCAGGUCCAUACAUGUAUCUGUAUACACAAUAUAUACAUGAACACAGGUUGUCACUAAAAUCAGCCUAGAGGAUCAAAAUAUUGGUAUAAUAAUGUGAUGAUUAUUUGACAUUAUCAAUAAUGUAAGUUCAAAGGUAUUACGAUGACUAUAACUCGAAGUAGUAUUCUUUACGACUGUAAAAGAAGCAUUUUUGUUAGCGAGAUAUUUCUUAGUUGAUUGCUAUGAAAUACAAUUAUAAUCCAUAUUUUGUCCAGUUGAAUAAUUAUAUGAACUUUUGAAUUAGUAUUGUACAUUUAUGUUUCAACUAUGAUAAAUUAUAUUACAAUUCUGAA